CCGAGUCCCUGUAGGUUUGCGGUGUGUGUGCAUGCUUCUGUGACACACGAGUGUCUGAGCCCGUUCGGGCUGCUGUAGCACAGAGCACAGGAACUUCUUCCUCACGCUUCUGGAGGCGGGAAGGUUGAGGUUGAGGUGCUGGCAGGUUCGGUGUUUGGCGGAGGUUUCCUGGUUCAUAGACAGUCACCUGCCCUCUGUGCCCCCACGUGACGGGAGUGGCAAGGGAGCCCCCGGUGUCCUUUAUAAGGGACACUAACCUGGUUCAUGAGGCCUGUGCUCUUGUGGCCUAAUCACCGCCCAGAGGCCCCGCCUCCUAAUACCAUCACCUGGGGCCUUAGGAUCAACAAUGAAUCUGGGGGCACAGACGUUCAGUCUACAGCAGUGAGCGUCUGUGGGUGCUGGCUCCGGCCCACACGCGUGUGCCACACACACGGAGGCGGCUAUUGGUUAAAUUCUAUUGUGUGGCGUCCAGGGUGGAGAGGGCAGGGCCAAAGGGGUCUGUGAAACAGUGCCGGCGCCCGAGCAGUGACAGAGCCCCCAGCGGGUGAGUAGGUGAGGGUGGCCUAUAGAGGAGGCCACUGUACACUCAGGUAAUCCACCAGAGGCGGCAGCAGGUCAGGGGACGCGCAGACUCACUCCGGCUCCGCAGUAGCUCGCGUCAGCUGUGCCCUCCCUGGUGCGUGGGUGUGUGUCACCUCUGAGCCGAGGUCCCGUGACCAGCAGGUCACUUGGGUGUUCCCGAGCAGACUGGACUUUGCUCUGAAACCACUCUCCGCCAAGGCGAUAAACACGUUUACAGGAGCGGCUGGGUUCCCUGCAGUGAGGGGGUGCUGUGUCUCGGGGGGACUGGCUGGAAGCAGGUCCCCCUGAGCAGCCAGGCUGCGUGGGGCGGAGAGGACAGCGGGGAGCAGGCGAGCAGCGAGGAAUGGUCCAGCUGAGCAGCGGAGGCGGCGAGGAGGCUCGGUGGGCACCAUGGAGCUUCCGCAGGGCCCGAGGAAGCCUCUCUCACAGAGAAGAGCCCGGUCCUGGGACAGGUCGCAGAAGCCCAGGAAGGACCCGGAGUCCCGGGAAGGCCAGUACCUCUCCCUGCCCGCCACGCCCCCCAGACGGGCGCCUGCGGGGAGGGCCCGCGAUGGCAGCCGGCACCUCAGCGGCCCAGGGUCUCCGGAGGCUCCGGGCCCCGAGGCCCUCAGCCUGGAGGCGGCCAGGGAGCUGCUCACCAGCGAGCAGAGGCCUCCGCGGGACAAGAAGGACAAGGCCCAGAGUCGCAGCCAGCAGGGGUGGCUGAAGACGAUGCUGAACUUCUUCCUGAGGACAGGCCCCGAGGAGGCCAAGGACAAGGCCGCCAGGAGGGCCAGGGCGAAGGAGGGCCUGCCCCCGCCAGCAGACACCUCGGAGCCCAGGAAGAAAGCCCACGACAAGAAGGCCGGCCGCAAGAAGCAUGGCCACAGGAAGCACGGGGAUGGGGACACCAAGGGGCCCCCAGGCCAGGAAGCCAGAGGCCAGGACACAGCUGCUGCCUGGCGCUCCCAGGAGGCCAGCCAGGGCCCAGGACCCAGAGGCGGAGCGGACCCUGGUCCCCACCAGUCCGUGCUCAUCGAGGGCCGGGGUGCUGGGGCCUCGGAGCCUUCUUCCCAAGCCACGGGCCGCCGGCCGGAGGAGGAGCCCCAGAAGCUUGACCAGCUUGACCAGGACACUAUCAUUCAGAUGAUAGUGCAGCUGCUCCGAGACGUGGGAGAUGAGUGGGAUGAAGAGGUCAGGGACCUGGCCCAGUUUUUCCCAUGCCCCCUACAACUUCAAGGCUCUCAGCGAGAAGUGGCCCCACAAAACCCGGCCCCAGCCGUGGUCAGGAAGAAAUCCCAGGAGAGAAAGUCCAGCCUCAGGAGAGCCUCUUCUCAUAAGAAGCAGGGCUCCGAGGAGCCCAGGAGAGCGGGGGCUGCGGAUGCUCCCAGCCCGGAGUCCCGGCCGUCCAAGAAGCCCGGCUUCCUGUACAUGUGCGUCGGGGGCCACCGGGCCUCCAUCUCCAGCAGCGUUGACUUGGAAGAACCUGAAGUCCAAGAGGCCUCGUCCACAGAUUGUGGGGGUCCAAGUCCCUUCGAGCUUCCCAUCCACACAGGAAGCCGGGCGCCCGGAGAGGACUUGCAGCCGGACAAAGCCUCAGAGUGCAAAGAAUUUAUCCAGAAGAUCAUCGCCCUACUCCAAGAUGCAGAGGAGCAGGAGGGGGAGAAGCAGCUCCAAGUCCAGGAGCCAGAGGUGGCCUCGGAAAACCCGGCCCCACCCUGCAGGAAGAAAUCCCAAGAGAAGAAGUCGAGCUUCCGCAAAGCCUUUUCCCAUAAGAAGCAUGGCUCCAAGGAGCCCAAGAGAGCGGGGGCUGCAGGUGCCGCCAGCCCGGAGUCCCGGCGGCCCAGGAGGCCCACCUAUCUGCCCCUGUGUGGGGGGGGCCAUCGGCCCUCCAUCUCCAGCAGCGUUGAUCCGGAGGGUCCUGAGUUCCGGGAGUCUUCGCCCGCAGAAGGGGGACGAGUCAGAUCCUCAGCAUCACCCUCCGAGGCCAGAAGCCACGAGCCAGAAGGGAGACCUCCGCCGGACGGAGCGUGUGAAUCUAAGGAGCUGGUCAUCCAGCAGCUGGUGGCGCUCCUCCCAGGAGUGGACGGCCGUUUGGGGGAGCAGAUCAGGCGACACCCCAGCCUUAAGAAGUUUUUCUACCAGCUCCCAGACUCGUCCCUCAGAAAGCUGGCGGCCACCCUGCGCAGACGGGGCGCCUGCUCCACUGAGCCCUGCAGGGGCCUCACGGAGAGGCCCUACCAGUUUGCCUUCGACUUGGCCAACAAGUACGCUGGCAGGAAUGGGCAAGCUGCCCUCAGCCUGAUGGGCCUGCGCUACCCCCAGCUUCCACACACGGAGGCCCCGCAGAACAUCACAAGUCUUGACAUCCAGAGUCCAGACUGAAAGCUGUGCCUUGCACUCAAGUGCCCUUGAACUAGCCAAGCAAUUGGUGGCUUUGCCAGGAGACCCCGAAGAUGCUCCAUGAUUGUCCCAAUCCGCUGCUUCCCAGACACGAUUGCAGAUAGAGGACAGCCUUCCGUGUCCUCACAUCACCGUAGGCGUGAGACUGAGAGCGCACGACGCAUUCUCCCACAGAGCGAGAGGCGGACACACCCUGUUGGGAGAAAUAGCACUGGACUGGGACUUGGGAGACGCCGGGCUUUGACUGCUGACCUGCUUCAAACUUGCUGCAAGACCCUGCAUGUCCCCGGCCCCGCAGACCUCGGGUUCUGGGUGAAGGGGACCCACUGUGUCCCUUUGGGUCCUGUGCUCCGAAAUCUGUCUAAAGAGGGGUGGUGAGUGCUUUUACGCUGCGGCUAAACAUAGCCUCCCCCCUGAGCUGGAGGCACUCGCCAAAUGAAUGAAUGCAUGAAUGAACAGAAAGUUGGAGAACUCCAGAUCCAGGCAGCUUGUCAGGCAUCCCUGGAGGCCUUGCUCCUCAGCUGGAAUUGUACAACCAGGGGUUCUGUCUCUGCGCUGUGGGGUGGGG